ACCCGGCCUCCUCGGGCCGCCAUGGCCGCGCCCGCCGCGGGGGACGAGCUGCCCGUGCCCGAAUCAGGUGCUGUUUUCACAUUUGGGAGAAGCAAAUUUGCAGAAGAUGUUCCUAGCAAGUUCUGGUUCAAAAAUGACAAGCCUGUACUUAUAUCAUGUGGAGAUGAACAUACCGCUAUUAUUACAGGGGGGAAAAUGGUGACGAACGAAGACAUGUUUUCUGAACUCAGUGCUCUGGAGAGAAUUGAAGCCCCAGUGCAAGAGAGUAGAAGGAAAGAAAGAAGUAUCAAUUGUGAAAGUAGAAGUGGGAAGAGGUGCAUGUGGAACCACAAGAAGAUAGUAUACUCAUCAUUUUGGGUUUUGAAAGGCAUUAAACCUUCAACAAGAGACCCUGGAAUCUCUCCAGGUCUUUUGACACUGUAUUUCUUCUCCUGUUUCUGCUUACCAGCACAUCACCAGCACAUGGCAGAGUAUCUUUUGCAUCAACUGCAAGGGGAGAAUGAGAAAAGAUUAGUGCACAUUUGUGUUGAUGCACUAUUUUUGUUUUGCAUCUAUGGUGAUGACUGGAGUUAUCUCAGUGUGGAGUUAUCUUUAAAACCAGAAAAACCAAAACUUGCUGUUUGUGGAAGAAAUCACACUUUAGUUUACACAGAAAAAGGAAAUGUGUAUGCUGCUGGAGGUAACAGUGAAGGUCAGCUGGGAUUAGGUGACACAGAAGAAAGGACCACAUUUCAUUUAGUAAGUUUUUUCACCAGCCAGCACAAGAUCAAGCAGCUAGCAGCUGGAUCAUACACCUCAGCAGCAGUAACUGAGGAUGGGCAGCUUUUCGUGUGGGGUGAUAAUUCAGAAGGUCAGAUUGGCUUGGCCAAUGAAUCCUGUGUCAGUGUCCCUUGUCGAGUGGAUGUUGGAAAACCUGUUUCCUCUGUAUCCUGUGGAUAUUAUCACUCUGCCUUGAUAACAGGAGAUGGUGAGCUCUAUACUUUUGGAGAACCUGCAAAUGGUAAACUGGGAUUAUUGCCUGAACAGCUGAAGAACAAUAGAGUCCCACAGCCUGUACUGGGAAUUAUGGAAAAAGUUAAUAAGGUUGCUUGUGGUGGAGAGCACACAGUGGUGCUGACAGAGACAGAUGUCUAUACUUUUGGACUUGGACAAUAUGGGCAGCUGGGCCAUGGUACUUUUGUUUUUGAAUCUUCAGUGCCGAAGUCUGUGAAACACUUGAAGAAGCAUAAAAUACGUAACGUUGCAUGUGGGGAAAAUCACACUGCUGUAAUAGCAGAGAAUGGCCUCAUGUUCACUUUUGGAGAUGGACGACAUGGCAAGCUGGGCUUUGGAGAAGAGAGUUUUACAAACCUGUUUGAUCCCACUCUGUGUUAUAAUUUCUUGAAGUUCACAGUGCUUUUGGUUGCUUGUGGUGGUUGUCACAUGCUGGUUUUUGCUGCUCCAAGACCUAAAGGAUCUGAAGAAAUACCCUUAGAAGAUUUAUAUGAGAAUCCUUUGACUGCUACUAUCCCUAAAAUGAGCGGGGACUUUGUACUGGCAGACACCUUACAACUGUCAGCAGCACGAAUGCGACGUCGGGAGAGGGAAAGGUCACCAGAACAGUUUAUUCGAAUGGCACGAACUCUGCCUCCACUGGGAGAAAGCUUCUUAAAAUCUUCAUUGCCUGUGACAAGCAACACUACCCCAUUCAGUUUUUCUGCAACAAGUCUUCCUAAAGCUGAAUCUGUGGCAGAUGGAGACAGUGAAAAAGAAAAUGAUCAUCAAAAGGGUAAACCUGGUGAAACCUCUGCAGAAGAAGAUUCAGAUGAUGACAGUACUGACAGAAACCUUGGAGAUACAACUGACAUCCUAAAUAUGACACAUGCAAUGAAAUUGAAUCCCAGUGACUGGUCCAUAGAAUUAUCACCACUCCAGAAACAGAAGAAGAACAAUAAAAAUGUGAAACUGAAAAGAGAUGGUAAGGGUGGGCUGAAAAACAAGGAUUCUGAUUUCACAAAGGAGGUCUCAGAAUUAGACUCUGGCUCUUUACAAAAACAGUCCUCACUUUCAGAGUCACCAGGACAAGAUUUAGAAAAGAGUAGUGCCUUUGUAGGGAAGUCUGUGGCCAAAAAAAACCCAACAAAAGCUAAACCUGAGCAUACACAAAGUGUUAGUACUUUGAAGAGGGGUGUUCAACAAAUGGCUAGGGACAAAAGCAGAUUAGUGAAAAGGCAAGAAGAAUAUGUGGAAAAUCCUGAAUUUUUCAGAGAGGAUGUAACUUAUAAUCUUCCAACUGAAAAUCAAAUUCUGUCUGAAAAACCAAAUUCUUCCAAUAAAAAAUCAAAAGCCGUUAAAUCUAAGCAAUCACUUAAAAUAGAGGUACUUCCUUCUGCAUCCAGGGAUCAUCCCCAGACUGAUGAUUCCUUAGUUGUAGAAAAAUACAAUCUCGUUCAAAAGCAAGAAAGUCAAGAAGCAAUAAAAAGUCAAAACAAAAUAAAGGAUGUUACUGAAAAAUCUGAGAAGUGUGAAAGAACGCACGUCAAAGGAGAAGAAAGUAGUGCAGAGAAGACAGAGAAGAUAGGGUUUAAAAUAUCUGUAACUAUGUCAUCAUCUUCAACUGAGGAAAGUAGUUACGAUCUUGAAAAGUAUGUGCUUAAGCGUAGGAAAAAAGAAGAGGACUACAAUGAAGGCAGAGACAUCCAGAGGGCAAGGAGAACAGUAGAAAACGUGGAAGAUUUGGACUUAGAAAAAGAAGACAGUGAGAUUGAGGAGAUGCAAAUUAGAAACAAUGAGAAAGAAUGUGUAGAAGAGACUGAUUUAAAAAGCCAGAAUGAGGAAGAAACAAACUCUGAUGCUAAAUCUGAUGAAGAUGGGCAAUUAGAAAUUAAGAAUGGGGAGGAUUCUGAUCAAGAGCAGGAGGGUGAAGGCAGUGAAAAGGGUGAAAGUGAAAAAGAAAAAUUAGAUGAAACAAUUGACAGUGAAGGUAAACUAGGGGAGGAAGAAGACAGUGAGUAUGAGAAAGGUAGAGAUGAAGUUUCAGUAGAAAAAGAUAAAGAUGAGGAGGAAAAAGAUAAAGAUGAGGAGGAAAAAGAUAAUGAGGAAGAACAUGAAGGAGAGGAGUCACAGGCUGAGAAAGACAGUGAGAAUGAGGGUGCAGAGGAGAUUGAAGAGGUUAAUCAGGAAGAUGGAAAAGAUCAGGGAGAUGAGCAAGGCAGGUUGAUGAAGGAAGAAGAAAUGCUGAGUGAGGGAGAAAAGGAGGAUAUGGAGAAGUAUGCAAAAGAGGAAGGCACUGAAAAAGAAAAGGAGGAACAGGUUAAAAGUGAGGGAAGAAAUGAGAGUGAGGAAGGAGGUGAACAUAGAGAGGGGGAGGAAGAAAAAGAGACAGAGGCAGAAGAGGAAGGAGAAGAUGAGAAGGAAGAUGAAGAAGAAAAUGAAGAAAGGGAGAAAGAAAAAGACAAAGAAGGUGAAGAGAAGGAAUUAAGAGAACCAUUGGCAGGGAAGGAAGACGAUGUAUCUGAAGAAGAACAGGAAGAAGAAGAAGAUAUGAGGACUAAGAAGGUGGAGGAGGAUGGAGUGGAAGAAGGAGAAGAGGGAGAGGGGGAUGAUGAAGAUAAGGACCAUGAUAUCACUGUGCACCCUGAGUUUCAAAAUUAUGUUUUGGCAAUUUUGUCAAAGGAACAAAACUUAUCUGGAGAUGAAGAGAUAGAUGAUGAGGAGGAGGAGGAAGAAGAAGAAGAAACAGAAGAAGAAGAAAAAAUAGAAGAAGCAGAAGGAGAAGAGGAAACAGGAGAAGAAUCUAGAGAAGGAACAGAGAAAGAAGAGGAAAUAGAGGAAAAAUAUGCAAAAGAGAAACCUAGUAAAACACCUGAGGGAGAGAAAAGCAGUAAUAGCACAAUGGAAACUGGAGAGACAGAAGAGACUACUCAGAAAGAGACCAUCGUUCAGCAGGAAGAAGAAAGCACCGACAAUCAUACUGUGAAAAAUUCUUCAGAGAACAAUGAUGACCAAAUAACUGGAGGAAUUGUUGGGAGAAAAAAGUUUUCCCUGUUUAAGCGAAAGCCACUGACAGGCCAGAAGAAUGUAUGUAGCAGAAAGGAAGACAGAUCUGAAAAGCCAUUACAGACUGAAGGAAAAGAAAAGGAAGAUUUACCUGGUGAAGACAGUAAGGAUGAAAAUCAGAAUCAUACAUUGGAGAAUUCCAGUGAAACUGUGUCUAACCAGGACAGAAGGAUGAAAGUUAAUACAUGUAUGUUACUCUAAAACUGUUAUAAUAUGUGAGAAUGUGACAGUCUUAAAGCACAUAGUGCAAUUUUUACUUGAAAACAGUUAUGACUUGCAAUGUUGGUGGCUGCUUUUUUUGAUUGAUUUGAUUGCUGUAAUUUUAAAUAGGCAGAUGAUUUUCUUGAUAUUUAUUGGUAAUUUUAAUUGUUUAAAUUGAUAUACUUAUCAGCACCUUGCUGGAGUUCUGUGGCCUUACCUGUUGGUGUUCUAAAACAAAAUGUGGGGGUUUUGUGUGAAAAGUUGAAUGCAGUCAUUUUAUGUUUUUUUUCUAAAUAAUUUUAUUCUGCGCCAGUCUACAGAGUACCACUUUCAGUAUGAUACUCUUGCAAAAUUAUAUCUGAUGUAAGAUAUUAUUUGAUUUAACAACUUAGUUAAGAAUACUGGAGGUACUCAGUUACUUACAAACAUGUUUUGACUUAGAAAAGUAGCAAUAAAACUUUCAAGUUAAGGUGUAGGCCAUUAUGGAAGAAGUUACUUGAGUUCAUGCCUAAUUUCAUGUAUGGCAGCAGUCCCAUAGGGAACAGUACCUAAGAGCAGUAUGUAAGAAAGUAUGUAAGUAACUAUCCUGCCAAACUGGCACUUGGAGAAACCUUUUAUUUCUGAGAGGUGCUGAACACCUUUACUCCUGCUGAGAUCAGAAUAAGCUGUUGGGCCUCUCUCUUCACAGGAUCAGGCCCAGUGAAAACUGGACAUCAUCACUCUUGUUUCACUUGGAUUCUAAUCCUAUAUUCUUUGAACAUCCAUAUCUAGUGAAGCUUUUCUUACAGGAAAAUAAUGUAACCGGAAUUACUGUGGCAUAUGUUGGUAUGCCAGACAGAUCAUGGUGGGAUAAAUAUUCAUGAUUUUCUCAGGCAGCUUGGCUUUUCUUCAAAUAGAGACUUUGCAGCAGGAGCAAUGAAUCUCAUUAUUGGUAUGGAAGAGCAGAAUGUUUGCUUUUUUAAUUAGUGGAAGAGGCAGAAGUCACAAACUGACUAUCUGAUUACUGACAUUCCCACUAAAUAAAAUUUGAUUUCUGAAUUUAGUCAGGUGAAUAAUAAAUAUAACCCUUAGAAUCAUAGAUAUAUUAAAGAUGGAAAAAACAUCUAUGAUCAUCGAGUCCCACAGACAACCCUGCACCACCAUCUUCCCCACUACGUCAUGUCCCUGAGUGCCGUAUCUACACGCCUUUUGGAUAGUUCCAGGGAUGGUGACUCCACCCCUUCCCUGGGCACUCUGUUCCAAUCUUUUCAGUGAAGAAAAUUUUCCUAAUAUCCAACCUGAACCUCCCCUGGCAGAACUUGAGGCCAUUUCCUCUCAUCCUGUCACUUGUUAUGUGGGAGGAGAGACUGAUGCCCACAUCACUACACCCUCCUUUCAGGGACUUGUAGAGAGCAGUAAGGUUUCCCCUGAGCCUUCUUUUCUCCAGGAUAAACACCCCCAACUCCCUCAGCUGCUUCUCC